CUUUGUAGACCUGUGUCUCUGUCCUUCCUUCACUGCAAACGUUCCCCAGGCUUUUGGGGACUCAUGAAAACCUAAUUUCUGUUUUCCGAACACCCUAUUUUGGUUACAGGAGGAAGAUAUCGUUCGACUGGGGACAAUAUGCCCAGAUACACUGUGCAUAUACGGGGUGAGUGGCUGGCAGUGCCCUGCAAAGAUACUUCUGAAACCGUCAGAUGGCUAGGCAGAGAGGCUCUCAGACGGUACAUAAAAAACAAGCCGGAUAACGGAGGCUUUGAUUCGGUGGAGGAUGUCAAGUUCUAUCUCCGGAGAUGUAAGGGAUUGGGUUUAAUGGACCUGGAUGAUACCAUAGAAGAUGCCCUAGAGGACAAUGAAUUUGUGGAAGUUGUUAUGGAAGGGGAUGUGAUGUCUCCAGACUUUAUACCAUCUCAACCAGAAGGCGUUCAUUUAUAUAGCAAAUACAAAGAACCAGAUGAGUAUAUUAUUUUAGAUGGAGAAAGUUUGACAACCCAGGAUUUGCUUAAUUUAGGAAAAGGGCUCUACAAAAUAAAGCUCAGUCCAGAUGCGGAAUACAAAGUGAGUCAGGCAAGGCUCCUAAUUGACAGCAUUGUACAAGAACAUAAAGUGGUGUAUGGCAUUACAACAGGAUUUGGAAAAUUUGCACGGACAGUUAUCCCAGUGAGCCAGCUCAAAGAUCUUCAAGUAAAUCUUGUUCGAUCCCACUCCGCAGGUGUGGGGAAACCUCUUAGUCCUGACCGUACGCGCAUGCUAAUGGCUCUGAGAAUCAAUGUUUUGGCAAAAGGAUACAGUGGGAUUUCACUAGAAACUCUCCACCAAGUCAUUGACGUUUUUAAUGCAUGCUGCUUGCCAUACAUCCCAGAGAAAGGAACAGUUGGUGCCAGCGGAGAUCUUGCACCCCUCUCUCAUCUCGCGUUGGGACUUAUAGGAGAAGGCAAGAUGUGGUCGCCGAAGAGUGGCUGGGCUGAUGCUAAAUAUGUCUUGCAAGCUCAUGGACUAAAGCCAGUUUCUCUGAAGCCGAAAGAGGGUCUUGCCCUUAUUAAUGGGACUCAGAUGAUUACAUCCUUGGGGUGUGAGGCAGUUGAGAGAUCAAAUGCCAUAGCCAAACAAGCGGAUAUCGUUGCUGCUCUCACCCUGGAAGUCCUGAAGGGCACCACGAAAGCCUUUGACACAGAUAUACAUGCGCUGAGACCUCAUCCAGGACAAGUCGAAGUAGCUUUCCGCUUCCGAUCACUACUAGACUCUGACCAUCACCCAUCAGAAAUAGCAGAAAGCCAUCGGUUCUGUGAUAGAGUGCAAGAUGCGUAUACACUUCGUUGCUGUCCUCAGGUGCAUGGUGUAGUUAAUGACACGAUUGCUUUUGUGAAUAACAUCAUCCACACAGAACUUAAUAGCGCGACAGACAAUCCUAUGGUUUUUGCAGAAAGAGGAGAGACCAUUUCCGGUGGUAAUUUCCAUGGUGAAUACCCUGCAAAGGCAUUGGAUUAUCUUGCUAUUGGAGUCCACGAGCUUGCAUCAAUCAGUGAAAGGAGGAUUGAACGUCUCUGUAAUCCGUCCCUCAGUGAACUGCCUGCGUUUUUAGUAACAGAUGGAGGUUUAAACUCUGGGUUCAUGAUUGCCCAUUGCACUGCGGCUGCCCUUGUUUCUGAGAAUAAAGCUCUGUGCCAUCCAUCUUCCGUGGAUUCCCUGUCCACUAGUGCGGCCACAGAGGACCACGUGUCUAUGGGAGGCUGGGCAGCCAGAAAAUGCCUACGAGUCAUUGAAAAUGUGGAACACGUGUUGGCCAUUGAAUUACUCGCAGCCUGCCAAGGAAUCGAGUUUUUGCGCCCACUCAGAACCACUACUCCCUUGGAAAAAGUCUAUGACCUUGUGCGCUCUGUUGUCAGGCCUUGGAUGAGGGAUCGCUUUAUGGCCCCAGACAUUGAGGCCGCUCACAGGUUACUUGUCGACCAGAAGAUCUGGGAAGUUGCUGAACCGUAUAUAGAGAAAUAUAGAUUGGAACACAUUCCUGAAUCAAGACCGGUUUCACCCACAGCUUUUUCGGUAGAAUUCCUGUCCCUGAACAAUUCCCCUCCUCAAUGUCGCAACAAGUCUUAGACCAAGAAUUCAGCAUCUACAAUAAAGCUAAUCACUAGCGUGAUCCUGUUUCUCCAUGAACUACUCUACGGGAGGCGAUUCAACAUAUCUGAAAAUACAAAUAAAGGAACUUCUGCAGAGAUAAUUA